CCUGUCAUUCUCAACUCGUUUGUGUACUCUUGAGUUUCUUCGUCGGCAUCAUCGCUUGCCGUCAAUAUCAUCGUAAUCUUCUGAACCACCUUCGCUCUCGAAAAAUGGCCAACGACACUCUGGCGCCGCAUCUCCUCACUAUACCACGCGAACUUCGAAAUAACGUAUACACAUACCUUUACCAUGAGGUCAGUCUGUGGUGGGAUUGGGGCAAAGGGCAAGACUGUCGCAAGGGUCACAUCGUCAACCAAGUUUCUGUACGAUUCCACAAUGCACCCUGCAGCAAUGUCAUUCGCGCACACUCUCGAUUAUGCCACGAAUACAUCGAAUCUGCGCCUAUGAAAGAUCUCUCGGCGACGAUUGAAGUGUAUCCUUCGAUAUACACAAAUGUGAGCACCGACAAAGAUGUUGACCUUGGCGUUCUCUCGAAAGGAGUGACUAGUGCCUUCAAAAACCUUCGAAACAUCACAAUUUUUCUCACUUAUAUCGACGCUUUAUCAAGGAGCUAUGUACCUGGUGCUGAGAUGUGGGCUAGCAUCGAAAGACUCAUCGGAGCAAUCAAACAUGAAGCUCCGCACUUGUCAAAUGUUCGGGUGGCAUUCAAACACAACUCAGGUCCUGAACUGGCCCGCCCCGAACAACAAUAUGAUACCUUCGCUACCCCUGAUUUCCUACCUGGGCCACCAGACAGUCUGGUCGAGUUCUCGUUAGUACAGCGUGCAGAAGGACACCACAUACUACGCCAAAGACGCGGAUCAUCAACUAGGAACACGGUACUCAAGUAUGGCGCAUAUGUUUUCAGUUCGGCAUAUGCUAAACCCGCUUACAUAACAUCGAAAGAAAUUGCGGAAAAGUGGAAUGUUGGGUUUGAUGGACCAGUAUGGAGGGAGAAGCGAGGCAAGGAAGAUGCAAAAGAGUGGUUUUAAUCUUUGGUCUGCGACUUCUUGUCUAUUGAUACGAAGAUUGAACAGGGACAUAAUGUAGCUUGGGCUCUUACCAAAGAGCCCAAAGUGGGAUGCUGCCGGCGCAGAGCUGGAUUCUGUGUGGUCUGUACGAUCGCUAGCUGGUAAUCUUUGUCUUCUAGGACAUCAUCUGCUAUCAUCUUGAACCCACGAGUCGCUUCCAAGGUCGCGACUACAUGCCAUCUCUCUCACUCGUUGCUCUUCCCUAGCACUGAGGCGGUGUCGGCUACAGCGGUGUGGCUCUUGAUAAUCCUUCGAAGCACUUUGAAGGCCACACUUUCGUCAACGGC